UGAUAAGGUUACGUGGCAAUAGAGCACAAAGAACGCCUACAAAAAGUGUUGACGUGAAGUUGUGCCAGUUGGAAUUUAGAAAAACGUUAUUGGUAUCGUUUCAGAAUUCCAGUGUCAUUUACUGAAAGUUCUAAAAUGAAAUUAGCAUUGUUUAACCUGUGUUUUGCUCUCUCUGUCCUUUGCUUGACAUUGAGCGUUGAAGGACGGUCCCCCAUGCAGUGUCCAGACAGUUGCGAUUUCAGUGCAUGUCCAAAGGUUUCUUGUAAUUGCGGAAGUUACAAAGAUGAGUGUCAUUGCUGUGAUAUUUGUUACAAGUGUGAAGGGGAGGUGUGUAGUAUCGUAGAAGCCGACGCUUGUGUCGAAGGUACCACUUGCACACAUCCACCGGGAUCUAGCGCUGCGGAUAUUUACAACAAUCCUGGAAUAUGUAAGAAAACUGAAAAGUGAUCUUCUGUUACUUGAUUAAAAACGCAUGAUUUAAAAUGCUUAAUUAUAAAGUGCGAGAUGUUAUGUAAUGGAAAUUCUGCAUACUUAUUACAAUGUAAAUAAAAACUGUGUGUGAGAGAA